AUGGGCAACACUUUCCGAGCAAUGGUGGCCUUUCUGCCUUCUGACAAGUGCCAGAAAUACAUCUUGGGGGACCUUGAAGAGAUGCCUAUUGAUAAAAUGUUGGACCUGAGCAGCCGGCAAGUGAGACGGUUUCCUUUGUGCGUUUGUGCUUUCAAGGAGCUGGUCAAGCUUUACCUGAGUGACAACAAACUGAAUCAUCUGCCCCCUGAGCUAGAACAGCUGCAGAACCUCCAGAUCCUGGCACUGGAUUUCAACCACUUUGAGAGGCUGCCCCCGGUGGUGUGCACUUUGAAGCAAUUGUGCAUCCUUUACCUGGGCAACAACAGGCUGGGAGACCUGCCUGCAGAGCUAUGCCAGCUGCAGAACCUGAAGACGCUAUGGAUCGAGUCCAACUGCCUGUACCACCUGCCCAGCGUGGUCUGUGAGCUGAGGCAGCUCAAGACGCUGCACGCCGGAUCCAACGCCCUGCACGCCCUGCCUGGGCAGCUGCGGUACCUGAAGGAGCUGCGCACCAUCUGGCUCUCAAGCAACCAGCUGGCUGACUUCCCCCCUGUGCUCCUGCACAUGCCCUUCCUGGAAGUGAUUGAUGUGGAUUGCAAUGGCAUCCGUGACUUCCCCAACCUCGUGCACCUUAGCAGCUUGAAGCUGGUGAUCUAUGACCACAAUCCCUGCAGAAACGCACCCAAGGUGGGUAAGGGGGUGCACAGGGUUGGGAGAUGGUCCGAGGAGAGCCCGGAGCCAAGGAAGCGAUCUGGCCUGGAGAGGGACAAAGGAGCCGAGGACAUCAAUUCCCUUCUGCCGCCGCCGCCUCUCUCCUGCAAGCUGUCCCUAUCCAAUUAA